GAACUCGUCCAUAUUUGUUUCCCUGUCAGCGGUAAAUAAAUGGAAGCGACUUUUACACACUUCAGAGGUCUCAACGAUCAAUAAUCGAUUAACUUGACUUAAAGUUUCGCUCAAUCACAUCUCACGGAAAUAUGAUAACUUAAAGAGCGGUUUAUUUCAUCCCAGCUGAGAUUGUGUAAAUUAUUUUCCCCAAAGGAAUAUAAAAAAGAACAGUUUUAAGCGCUUAAACUGAAAAAGUGCUUUGAGGAAUGUUUUUACAGGUGCACUGAUUUGUAAGUGAUCAUUAUGCUUAGUCCGCUGACAAGGGGAUAUGGCUCCUGGGACGGGGCGCAUUAUGAUCCUUAUUCCGAUCAUGCUUCAGAGGAGAAGUUACCAUUCAUAAAUGAACCAGAGCACCACAGACAUGGAGUCACCAUUGGUCAUCUAUCAAGGUGUUCCACUUCUUUGUCAAUCAAAAGCAACAUUGCUCCCCCAGCCACACCCAUCAGCCGUUCAGAAAAACUUCAAAGGGAAACAACUCACAACCGGCUUUCAAGGGAAACAACUUCUGUUGAUCACAAGGUUGAUCUACCUAAAACAUACCUUACAAAAAAGGGGGCACUGAUGUUAUUUACUGCCCCUAAAGAUGACGAAGAAUUGGAGGAGGCCUAUGGGGAUCCUAGAAUUGCUAAAAUGCAUAGAGAGAAGAAAUUAUUAGAUUCCUCUUUGAAGAUAAAGUCAUUGGAUAGACUGGCCAUGUCUAUUUUGCAAUAUGGAGAUGAAGAGGAGUAUGAUAAAGAAAAUGCUAGUAUCUCAGAUGAGAAAAGCAAGAUGUUCAUGAAAAUAUUACGCAAAGCAGAAAACCAAAGAGAGCUCGAUUGUCGAUCACAACCAGGCAGUGACCUCAACUCGUAUCUCAGGGAUCUCAAAUUCAGAGCUAGCUACAGAGCAAGUAUGAGUGGGGACACUAAUAUACCUCGGAGCAGAGAGGCAAUGGAAUUGCGUGCAAUACUUCAGGGACUACAAGACAACCGCUGGCCCAUUGUAUAUAACUCAGAAUCUGGGAGUUUUGAAAAUCGCAGUAGUUUUGGAGAUCAGUUCACCAGAUCUUCCUCUCAGCAAUCUAACAGAACUCAAACAUCACAAGGAUCUGGAAGUACAACACCUCGUUCCAUUUUGUCAGCAAGUAAGCUGAGAGCAUCUCUCAAGUCAUACAAUACCUAUAUGGGUCGCCCUGCCACAGAUGAUACAGUCAAAGAAAUUAGAGCCUCUCUACCAACAGUCACCAUCCGGCAUUCAUCAGCACCUUCUAGUGGAUCAAGGUCUUCUGAUAUAUUUUCUCCUGUGAGAGGAAAGCGUCGUAUCAAAUCUUCCAUAACUGGAGGAAGUAUUGUGGAAGAGGAUGAGGGAGGUCUUCCUCUCUAUUAUGAUCCUUUAUCAGGUAUGGAAGGAUCCUCAAUCGCCUACACAGAUUCCACCGACCUUGGACCGCACAUGUACACAUUUGAUCUGGCAUCAGGUGAAAGUUCACUCUUUGAUGUGGGAAGUCAGGGUGAUGGGUCAAAACCUCCAGGUGAUGGAAGUGUGGAUGUGAUAGAUGUACAUGAAUCUGAGUCAGAUGUAGAAGUGUUAAAUGUUCCUGGACAAGGUAGCUCUAAUGUUGCUAGUGUACCUGAAAGUAGUUCUAACCAAAUACAAGUGGUGGUGGAAGAUCAUGAAACUAACACAAAAGAUUACUCUGCACAAUAUAAUUUUGAUGUAGAUUCUUUAAAGGGUGGUGGUGAUGGGGUUCCAAGUAUUAGAAUUGGUGAUGGUGUGUCUACCAAUAGUCUUGCUGAUAUGAGUAGUGCAGUUAGCUCCCAACCUGAUCCUCUUAGCGAAACUGACAAAUUUGAUGCUGAGACCUGCACAACUAUCAGUGAAGAGCUGAUAGAACCCCCAGUAGUCAAUAAAGUAGAUAUAAAAACUAUUGCAGGAGUUAUUCCAGAAGAGGAGAGUGUUGAUUUGGGUUAUAGUGGUGAAGGUGUGCACAUUCCACAGGGUAAUGAUGAGGUGGAUGAUGGUGAGCUUGAUUGGGAAGAAAAGGGCGAAGAGGCAGCUUGCACUGAAGUGGACUUGGCACGAUAUGGAGUUAUAGGUGAUGAAGAUAAUGGGGAAGGUGACGAGAUAGAAGAAAGCACAGAUGCAAUAAAAUUUACACCACAACCUGAAAUUGCACUGGAAAAAUCUCCUGCACGAUCACCUUCAUCUCCCACAAAAACUUCUACUUCAGUAUCUCCUCCCAAACAGGGAUCGGUGUCCCCUCACAGAAGGGCCUCUAUAGCAAAACCAGGGUCUAGGGCAUCUUUAAAAUCUACAUCUCCUCAUGUUCCAAAAUCUCCAAUCCCAUCAAAAAGGAAGUCUACAAUUUCACAAGGCAGUAAGAAGUCCCCCUCUCCUGCUCAUAAACCUGAUCAUGAUGUAUCCUCUACAGCUGAGGUAUCAAAACCAUGUCCCUCACCUGAAAUUCUGGGUAAAAAUACUCCUCCUUCUGUAACAAUUACAAAAAAGCAAUCGCAGACUCCAAGCAAUCUUCUCUCUGACAAGGCUCAAGAAGAGCCACCGACAACUACUAGUCAACCCGCAGAUAAUUUGCCCCAAACUCUUCCUGAAAAUGAUCAUUCAAAGGACAUGAUGGACAUAACGUCCACCAAGUCUGAUGAUGCUCUUCCACUUGCACCAACCACUAGUCCAGUUCAAAGGGAACUAGAUGCACCUGUUGCACAACAGUCGCAAGCUGUGGAGGAGGGAGCACAAGCACAAGAAACUGUCAAGGCAGAUACAGAGUCUAAGGAACAAUCUAUGAAAGAAGAAGAGGAGGUUUCACCGGAAGUAUCAACUGAAUCUGAUGACGAUAAACGCAAGAGGAAGCCAAUUGAAUCCAAUGAUGACAAGAAGGAAUCGGAGGGAAUUGGUGUCACAAAAGAAGCAGAGCCAUCACCCCCUACAAGACUUAUUGACCAAAUGCCUGUUAUUCCAGACUAUUUGAAACCAAAGCCCCAGAAAACGCCAAAGAUCAAAGAGAAAAAGACAAAGAAGCAGGCCCAAUCGAAGACAAAGAAGGAUGUAACUAAAGCAAUAUCUGUGUCUUCAGUACAACCCGAAUCACAAAAUACAGAAAAAGAAAAGGCUGCUCCAAAAGUAUGGGAACAUGAGAAAGUUGAGAUUCCACCUGAGAAAGAGGAAUUAGUCAUACCAGAACACAUGAAGGAAGCCUUCGACAGAGAUACAGAGCAGUCCAAAACAGCAUUGGAGGAACAAAUGAAACAAAUGGCAAAUAUAGUGGACGAUACCUUUAAAGCCACCAUAGACGCAGAGUUACUGGAAGUUGGCCUCACAGAGGAGGAAUUAUUGGAAGCAAAGAUGGAAGUGGAGGAAAAGCUUACAGUUGCACAAGCAAGAAUAGACGAGAUGGAAAAGACAGGACCAGGAGCCAGCGAGUCUGAGGAAGCAAAGAAAGAACAAAGAGAAAAAGCUGUAAAACUGAAAGAAGGAAAGGGCAAGAAGAAAGGGGGCAAAGGUGGGAAAUCGACCCCCAGAGACCAAACAGCUAAAGGUCAAGCUAAGAACGAGAAGGAUUUGGAAAAACAGAAAAUACUCAAAAAAGAGCAAAAGAGAGCUGAGGAAAAGAAAAAAUUAGAGGAAAAGCGUAAAUUACAGGAGCAGAUACAGGAAAGACAGGAACUUGUAGAAGAACAUGAGCAGAGAACUCGAGAUAAAGAAUUGGAACUCAAGUUAGAAAUGGAUCGUUUAAUGAGAGAAGAGAUAGAGAUGCAGGAGGCUGUGGAUGAAGUACAUAAGUAUCUGGAAGAAUCGAGGAAACGACAAAGAGACGAGAGGGAUCAGAGGAGGAAAGCAGAUCAGGAAAAAAGGCGGGAACUCGCGCGAGAAAAAUUUGAGCAGGAGAAGAAGAAGAGAGAGGAAGCCAGCAGAAAGGUGAUGGAGGAACUUGAUAGGAUCCACGACAUGGAAAUGAGGAAGCAGAAGAAACUGGAAGAAGAGAUGAGGAGAGAAGAAGAAGAGAGACUUGCAAUUGAACAAGCAGAGGAAGAAGAAAAUGAAAGAGUAAAAGCUGCAGAAGAGCAAGAACGACGUUUAAGGGAAAUUGAAGUCCAGAUGGAAGAAGAGGAAAUGCAGCGAUUGUAUGUACAAGAACAAGAAAUCAGUAGGCAAAGAAUAUUAUUGGAAAUGGAACGACAAAAAAUGGCUGAGGAAGAAGAACUGAAAAGACAAGAGCUAUUGGCAGAACAAAUUAAGUAUGAGGAGAUUAAACGAAAACAAGAGGAAGAAGAACAAAGGGUGUUAGAGGAACAAAGAAGAAGAUUAUUGGAGCUAAAAGAAAUGGAGGAAGCAGCGAAGAUAAAAAUGCAACAAGAUCUGGAGGAGAGAAGAGCUAAAGCCUUAGCUAGAAGAGACGAAAAUUUGGAGAACAAAGCCAACAUGGACAAACUGAAACAGUCCCAGGGUAUCACUAAGGCCUGGGUCUUCUCCUAUUUUGUUCGAUGGCCAUUAGAAUCUUACAUGGUGCCUAUUGGUGGAGAUGAAACAAAGAAGAAAGGAUUCAGACCGAAAUCUAACAGACCCAAAACUGCAAAAUGAUAACGUUUUCCAUCAAUUCAAAUACAAUGAAAAAAAUCAGCACAUUUUCAGACGUUGAUUUUGAUUAUCUUUCAUAAAUUAAAAUUGAAUCAAGUUCACACUUCAGCGUUUAUUUAAUCAAUGACAGUGUAAAUAUUUGUUACAUGUAUUAAUUUAUAUAAUUUAACAGUGUAAUAUGAUAGAAAAUACGGUGUCAUGCACAUUAUUUUUACUUAAGAUCAUAUUUUGCAAUUGUAUACCUGUGCAGCUUGGAAAUAUUUUCAAUUAUGUGAAACCUGGAUAGAAUAUUUGUUAUAUCCACGUUAGAGGAUGUCUUUAUUUAUGAUCACAUCAUUUUGUAAUCAGCAUAUCGUUUUGGUAGUCAUAAUGUAAGAUUAUUUUUUAUGUAAGAUUAUAUGUGAGAUACACGGAGACAUAUUUUCAACAUUCCAACAUGUAUAAAAGGUUGACCUUAUAAAAUUAUUCUGAGAAGAAAUUUUGUAUAAGGAGAGUUGUUUUAAAUUGUCCUCUUUUUUAAGUCAGUGAU